AUGACGGAUAGAGAUACCGGGUCUCGGAAAAAGACUGGAUAAGUGUUGAGACUUUUGGGCAUUAGCAUUCAUUUCUAUUAUUCACCAUGACGAGAAGGUUGAUGAUAGCCGCUGCCGCAUUGAUUUGUGGAGUCUAUGCGCAAGACACCUCCUCGUGGCCCCAAUUUCAAAUAAUCGGCAACCAGUUAGAAACCUCCGAGAAAUGGCAUAGAUAUGGUGUUCUAGCUGAAACCCGAGAAUAUGCCUGCCAACGUCAAUCCUCGAGAUCUUCAAAGUCAGAAUGUAUGUUAAGAUUUGGAGAGGUGUCUGCUACAAUUAAUGAUAAUGGGUGCUUUAUGCACUUUGACUCAAAGAAGCUAGAAUCAAUUGAGCUGUGUCCACUUCAAUGCCAAAGGUUCAAUGAGGCCACUAUUCUGCAGACCUCUGACUCUUUAAUCUGCUCUCCGGGAGUUGCUGUCGGAGUUGAAAGACGACAAAGUGAUUGGUUUAUGUGGAGAAGUGGGGCUUGUAAAUCCAGCGAUGUCAUCUUCCAGAUUGAGUGCUCCACAAAACAAGCUAAAGAACAAGAUCAGAUGGUGGAGGUUCCCGAGGAGGUUCAGGUGGUCGAGGAGGAGAUUCCAGUGAUGAAGUUGGAGACGGACAAUGGGAUUCAGGAAGAAAUGACCUCAUCAAUUGAAGACAUUACGUCAGGAACCGAAAAAACCACCGUGGAGCAGUCCACGACUCAAAAACCAGAAGUUUCCGAGCAAGAAGAUGAUCUUCCAGAGAAAGUCGAUACGCUCCUAGGGUUCCUGUUUCCAUCAUACAGAAAGAAGGCAUUGAGCCAAUAGGCAUUGAUUAUAAUAAUUGUAAUAAAGUAUUAAUAAUUAUGAUAUAAUGCUAAGCUGAUCGUUAAGAUUACUUAUCGGAUUA